AAUGGCACUGAGUUCUCUUCGGCCUUUAGUGCAUGGGGAGCGUCUGAGGGAGGUUGACUCUGUGCACUCAGUUACUGUGUUUGCAUAUUAAUCGACUUGCAUUUAUAUCAAUCAUGGCAGGCGCGUUAUUGAAGAAGGGCUUUGACCAACUGAGGAGCAAAGAGUUCAGGCAGUAUUUAAUGAGCACUCACUUUUACCAGUUGGGGAUUCCUAUAGCUGCCAUUGCGGACACAAAAAAGCCUCCAGAGAUUAUUAGUGGAAAGAUGACCAUUGCUCUUUGCUUCUAUUCGGCAAUUUUUAUGAGAUUUGCCAUCAAAGUGCAGCCAAGAAAUCUGUUGCUCUUCAGUUGCCACCUCACAAAUGAAACGGCUCAAAUUAUACAGGGUUGUCGAUUGAUAAAUUACGAGUAUUUUGGAGGCAAAGAGGCCAAGGAGAAAGAGGAAGCAGCAUCUGCAACAGCUGCUAGUGCCUAGCUCAUUUCCUUUUUUAUUGCUAAGAAAAUCUGGCUUUAUAUAUUUUUCCCCUUUUAACUGGAUUUUGGGUGUAAAUUAUUAUUAUGUGAAGGUUCAGCCUUGUGUAAAUAGAAUGGAUAUCUACCUGAUUAAAUGUUGAAAUAGUAUUUUCUCCAGUGCAAAUACCCAGACCAAAAUUCUUAGGUCUGUCAGUUAUUAGCUCUUCCUCUAAUUAUUGGGAUAGAAAUCCUCAAACUGCAAUAACCGUUGUGGUGAAAAAACUAUAUCAAAGUUUGUCAUGUGGAAUUGUAUCCUGCCUUGAAAUUCUAAAACCUGUUUAGAGAAAUGUAAGUGAUUUUGGGAACUAUACAUGAAAAUAAUGAUAAUGUAAUAAAUAUAUAUAUAUAUAUAUACAUAUAAAAAGGGCAUGGUUUAUCCAGUGGUAUUUUGUUUUUGUAAGAAUACCAGACAGUUCAAGGUUAAUUGAAGCAACCUAAUAGAGGUACACAUGUACACAAACUGGAGAUAAUAUAUUAACAAAUGAAAUACUAACUGGGAGUUACUAAGUCCAUGUGUAAUUAAAUGAAAACAAAGGUUGUCCUAUAGUAUACAUUUAGUAAAUGCACUUAAAUGAAAUGUAAUUAAAUCACAGAAGAUAUAAACGUGAUGUAUAUGUACUGAAAAUGUAACACUUGUUGUAAUACAUUAAUUCCUGAUAGUCUUCUAGGGUUUUAGUUUUCUUAUACUAAUACCAUUCAAGUUUAAAACUAAAAUAGUCAUGGUGCAAUGAAUCCAGGCUGUACUGUCUCUGUGCAGCUAUUGCUUAACACUCUAUUGUACUGCACUGAUAUAAAUGGAUUAACAUUGUUGAUGAACAUUGGGGCAACAGUGUUCACAGUGAUGUCACUCCUGCCAUAACUGUUUUAGCUGUACAGACUUUUACUGUGUUUAGAUUAAGUGGCCGUCGUGCUCAAAAAAGUGAAGAAGACAGCUUUUACUGUGUCACAGAAAGCGCCUCUCCAUCAGACUACCUAAUCAUAUUUGUACGUGAUGGUGUCCAGUGCUCUGUACAUAUCUGAGUAUCUAUUGAGUGCUAGUAAUAUUGCCUAUGAAUGAAAUAAUUCUUUAUCAUAGAAAAUGGUGUAUACUUAAAUUUUGUGUAAAACUUUAGUAGACCUUAAUAUUCAUUUUAUUCAAUUUCUUACACUAAUUGUUUAUCCUUAGGGAAGGAUACACUUUAUUUAUUUUUAUGAUUUUAAAUAGUAUGCAUAUUUUGUGCAUUUCCAGCACACUGAAAUAUUGAUUGUGAAUAUGGAAUUCAAUCUUAAUUACAUGCAGAACAGGUAUCUAUAGAUAAUGUCUUUCAAGAAUAUCCGUAUUGUUGGGUAUUACAGUUGUUAUUGUACAUGUUAAAAUAAAACUUAGAUUUUG